AUGUCUAUACCCGAGGGAGCUCAGAAAGCGACCGUGGCCGCCGGCUGCUUCUGGGGCGUCGAACACAUGUACAGGAAGCAAUUCGCAAACAACGGAUUGAUCGAUGCGCGCGUGGGAUAUAUCGGGGGCGACGCAACCAACCCUAGCUACCGAGCAGUGUGCAGCGGGCGAACAGGACACGCCGAAGCCCUCCAAGUUGUCUACGACCCCGAAAAGGUCUCAUACCGAACACUGCUCGAAUUCUUCUACAAGAUGCACGACCCGACAACCCCGAAUUCACAAGGUCCAGACGUCGGACCGCAAUACAGGAGCGCCAUAUUCUUCCAUACUCCAGAGCAGGAACAGAUUGCAAAGGACGUCACAGACAAGGUGAACAAGCAGUGGUGGAAGGGCAAGGUCGUCACAGAGAUUGUCCCCGCGGGCCAGUGGUGGGAUGCCGAGGCGUAUCACCAGCUCUACCUGGACAAGAACCCCAUGGGAUACGAAUGCCCUUCGCAUUUCCUACGCAAGUUCCCACCUCUUCAAGAUGACUCUCGCCCAGAGUCCCAAUUGUAG